AUGUACAGUACAAAAUCUGUGAGUUUCGUGAGUUCCUUUAGCCCUUCAAAAAAUGGUUCAGAAACAAAAUCAAGGCGAGAGAAAUUCCAAACAGCCCAGCAGUACCGACGAUGCGAAACAGAAAAGGAAGGAGAAAAAAAAGUCGUCCAAGGUGAGUUUGAGAAAAAAUAGCCGUGAAGAAAGAUUGUGUGCUCCAUGGGACAAUUAUGGUUUUACGAUUUUGGGAAGAGAAAAUUGAGCAAAAUUCAUGCUCCACAUGCAUAAUUUCCAUUGCAAAAUGCAAAAACGCUUCUUGGAGCUAUAUUUAUCAAUGGAGCACACAAAACCCUUUCUUACGGCUAUUUUUCAUAGGAUACAGACAAAAAUAAAUGAACGCUUCAUAGAUUUCCGAGAAAAAUUACCCGAAAUUUGCCUUGUUCUCCAUGGAGCGCAAAAGCUCCAUUUUUUUUCAGAGCCGUUUUUCACCGGACCCACAGCGGCAAAAUCCACGGAAACAUUCCAAAAGGGACAAGAACAACGCCUCGGAAACCUAUCUGAGGAGCCUUGUCAAGAGGAAACAGGAGAAGAUGCUGCAACAGCAAAAGGCCGAAAAUAGCCCGUCGGAUGCAAAGGAAAAAAGGAGCAUGGUCGAACAGGAAGCAGUGAACCCCAGGUUUGGAAAAAAAAUGAUAGUCUCAAAGAAAAUGGCAAAAAUGAAACUACUCAUGAUAGGAAUCGAACCAGAGACCCUUGAAUAGCAAUCUUCCGUCUUAGCCAUUGAGCCAAGAUACUUGAACUUUUGCUGCCAGGAACCGAACCAGAGACCCUCUUACUAGCCAUCUACAUCCUUAGCCAUUAGGCCAAGAUGAUUUCAUUUGAAAUUUCACUACCAGGAGCCGAACCAGAGACCCUCUUACUAGCCAUCUACAUCCUUAGCCAUUAAGCCAAGAUGAUUUCAUUUGAAAUUUCACUGCCAGGAGCCGAACCAGAGACCCUCUUACUAGCCAUCUACAGCUUUAGCCAUUAGGCCAAGAUGAUUUCAUUUGAAAUUUCACUGCCAGGAGCCGAACCAGAGACCCUUUACCAGCCAUUUACAGCCUUAGCCAUUAGGCCAAGAUGAUUUCAUUUGAAAUUUCACUGCCAGGAGCCGAACCAUAGACCAUUUUACUAGCCAUCUACAGCCUUAGCCAUUGAGCCAAGCUUUUUCAGAAUCUCGUGUUCUCUAGUCGUCCCGGAUGCGGAAGAGGCCUUGGAGAUGGAGAAACGAGCGAAGAAAUUGCGGAAGGAACGCUGGCGUGAGAAGAAAGGUCGAGAAAAAAUAGCCGCGAAAAACGAGACUUGUGCGCUCCACGGAUAAUUAUUCAAAAAUGCACUUUUUCGGCUAAAAAUCGAAUUUUUCAUGGAGCUCCAUUUCCCCAACUGAUUUCUUGAUUUUCCAGAAGAAGAACUCCGACGUUCCCAGGCGAUGGACCAGCCGACCGUCCUCCGGAUCAAAAACGAACCCGUACAAGCCGUUCUGAUGGGCAAAAUAGUGGACAAGGUCAAGGAGCGCAAGAUGAAAGAGCAGCAAAAGCCUAAAAAGGACACGACUACCGUAAGAGGACACUUAAGUGGGAAAAUAUUUUUCGAAAAUGUUUCAGACGGACGCCAAAUCAUUGAUCUUGUUGGAUAAGCCGCGCAUAUUCGGCGCGAGGACCAAAAGGUCAAAGAAGAAAGUGGAUGUAAGUGGACUUUAGAGCAAAACGACUCAUGAAACCCUUGAAAUGACUCUCAACGCGUCGCGGCCGCGUGGCAAUCCAGAAAUCGAACACGCCUUUCAAACGCUUUACUAAGCCACUUGGCGCAACUUGUUUCUGGUCGGGCGCAACUAAUUUUAUUGAAGCUAGCCAUCCUAGCCAACUUUUCGAGAGUUUUGUGAACCCUUAAAAAGUCUAAAAGUCUAAAAAGUCUAAAGAUCCAAAAGUCCCUAAAAAAGUCUAAAAGGUCGUCGAAGAAGAAAGUGGAUGUAAGUGGACUUUUGAGCAAAAAAACUGAUGAAACCCUUAAAAUGACUCUUAGCGCGUCGCGGUCGCGUGGCGGUUCAGAAAGUUGAACGGAAAAACCAAGCCACUUGGCGCAACUCGUUUCUGGUCGGGCGCAAGGGAUUUCAUCCGGUUUUGAACCUAGCCAUCCUAGCCAUUUUUUCGAUAGUAUUGUGAAGCCUUAAAAAAAUCCAACGUUUGCAGCUCGACAUUUGUCUGGAGGAAGAGGCCGAAGCCGAUCUCAGCGAGUCGAACACGCAGCCGAGCCAAGAAGUGCUGUCGCCGGCGAGAAGCGAACCGGCCAACCGAAAGCCAACCCCCGCGCACGCUCAUCAUCACAAGACGCUCAGCUCGAAGAGGACCACGAGAGCCGUCGUCACCGAGGAUCCCGUCGCCGAUGAACGCGGGAUGAUGUUGAAAUCAGUCCGGAACUACGAUAAUAAGGGAUUCAUGUAUGACUCGGAGAACGAGCCGUUCUGGUCGACUCCCAUGGAGCCGACCGACGAAGACUUGGUCAGUUUCUGGUUGGAAUCAGAAAAUCAUCUUCCAAAUUUACGAAGAACUAGGGUGUUUCUUAAUGUAAGAUCCAUUAUGACGGCUUUAUAAAAAACAUCUUUUACGGUCAAAUUUUUCUUAUGCGUUCUUAUGCGUUUUUAUGCGUUUCUAAUGCGUUCUUAUGAGCUUCUAAUGCGUUCUUAUGCGUUUCUUAUUCGUUCUUAUGCGUUUCUUAUGCGUUCUUAUGCGUUCUUAUGCGUUCUUAUGCGUUAUCUUAUGCGUUACCUAUUCCGAAAAACCACCAAGACCAGAAAACUAGAUCCCCAUCUCAUUUUCUUCAGGAUGGGUUAGACGAAGGAGCACGUGUGACGUCAGAAACGCUAGAUGAGGUGAUGAGUGGCCGCGUUAUACUCGUGAACAUGCCGAACACACCGUAAGACGACCAUGGACCGCAUUUGGAAUGGCCAACUCAUCUUAAGGAUUAUUUUGGACCCGAUAGCUGGACUCAACGACCUUCGGACCCGCAAUAAGUUCUUCCUCAUUGAGAUCGUGUUUAGCAACACCGUCCGGAGUGUGGUCAACAUAAGUGCGGGUGAGUUUGGAAUGGCUCAAGGCGUUGCGGUCGCGCGAGGCGGACUUAUUUCGGAAAAAUGCCAAGCCACGCAUCGUGACCGCGACGCUUCAUCCAUUCCUAAUGCGACCAACCAUUCACAGAAAUCCCGCAAAGCCACGAGCGUCAAAGACAGCGGCGCCAGAUUCGCGAGGAAAAUGGCGAUUUUACGCAAGUCGACGACGACGGCAUCCAAUUUGAGACCCCUGACAAGUGUCUCAUCUACUCGGUUUUUUCUCAAUACGGAUUGGCGUCAAACCGUUUCGGUCGGUUGCAGAGAACUGACCCGCGCGGAACGGCUUCCCGCAAAGUCACGGUGCCUUUCAAACCGAGCACCUUCCGCUCUUGA